CAGAUCUCCCAGCUGAAGACCUGAUGCGAGGGCGAAGGGAGAAGGGAAAAAACGGAAACCUUUUUCCACCAUUCAGAAGCCGGCUAUGCGACGGUACCUCUUUCUGCUGAUGGGGACUCUUCUCAUUCGAAGAAGGUGCGAAAUAAGAGCGGGGAAUGAUUCGCUAACUCGACGGCACCCCGGGAGCGACACAUACAAUCUGUAAGGGAUUAAAAACAGGCAAAGGUAGAAGAAAAAAAUCGGACGCUACGGGCUUUUUUUCCCUCAGUCGCUGACUAACGUACGGCGGCUCUCUGAGGGACACUCUCCGAGAGCGCGCGGCAGCGCGCGCGUGCGCGAGGCGACGGGAGCGGAAAAGGCACAGCAUCCCUGCUGAAGCGCGAGACCGGGAGAGCGUCGGACCGUUAAACGCGGAGGGAGCGUCGUGCACGAUGCCGCUCGGUCCUCGUUCACAAACCGACGGAGCCGGAGACUGACUCCGCGCGCGGCCAGACGAGGCGGUGAUGGAUCCUACAGCACACGAUUAAUAAUAAUAAUAAUAAUAAUAACAAUAAUAAUAUUAUUAUAUGAACAGCCUCGCUCGCGCAGCAGAAUUAAGCAACGGCGGAGAGCGAAAAAAAAAUCGUACGUUUUUUUUCUUCAUGGCGAAAAGACAGAUGAAGAACGACAGACGAUUUCAAGGAGAUAAAAAUCCGCUUGUGAUUUUUUUCAAUUAACUGAGCGGAAAAAAAGUCUGAGAAUAGAGGCUUUUCAUUCGUGAGGAGACAAACCUGACACGACGCGGUUCCUUGCAUUCAUUGACUUCAUUUUUACUGCGCUGCUCGGAGCUCGAUUUUUUUGGGGGGCUAUUAUUAUUAUUAUUAUUUGAUCCCACUUCCCCCUGUCUGUGUGAAAUGUGGUAAAAAAGCGUCGGUGUCUUGCUGCCGAAAGAGACGGGUGUUGUCGCAAGAAAAGGGGAGCAAAAAAAGGGCUCUUCGGAAGAAGCUUGUUUUCUAGAGGAAAAACAGAACAUGCUUUGAACGCCUUUUUUUUUUUUAUUUUUACGAAAGAGUGGAAUGGUUCUUUAGGAACAAACACACCGGACAGCAGAGCGGCAAAAUAGCGCGGAGGAUUCCUUCUGAGAGAAAAAUACAGAGAUAAAUAAAUAAAUAAAGACGAAAUAAAAUAAUAAAAACCCCGAGAAGCAGUGCAGCCCUUGCUGAGCACCGGGGGAUUUCGGGUCAAGAGUGGACGAGGAACGCAGACCCAUUGAGGAUGGCGCCAGAACAUGGAGCGUAACAGAGCGUCUGACUCUGAGGACUGAGAAGAAGAGUACGCCUUUGUCCCUCUUUUGCCCAACUCUCCCCUCCCUUUCCCCCAUCGUCCCGCAUCCCAAAGUCCCUCCAUUUCCUCUUCCCCGUAUGACGGAUCCUUCUGAGAUUUUUUAAGAAGCUCUUGCUUGUUGGGUUUUCUUUUUCGGUCUUUAUUUUUCUCUUUCUCUUGAAACAAUUGAGGAAAGAGGGGAGACACAGACCUACGAGGGCAGAAUGCAUCUCUUUUUGGUGCCAGUGCACAGGCAGUUUGCGGUGCGCGUUGGGGGGUGUCGACGGCAGUGGUCAAACCCGUGCUUGGUCUGGCUGCUUGGCCUGGCUCUCUGGCUGGCCCUAGCCACUGGUCAGAAGGCUGACUUGAGUGGAAAGCACCCCAUGGUGACUACAAACUACGGCAAGCUCCGAGGCAUCAAGAAAGACCUGAACAAUGAGAUCCUAGGCCCAGUCGAGCAGUACCUCGGGGUUCCCUACGCCACUCCGCCUAUAGGUGACCGCCGGUUCCAGCCUCCCGAGGCACCGGGCUCCUGGCAGGAGGUGCGCAAUGCCACGCAGUUUGCCCCAGUCUGCCCGCAGAACAUCCACGGCGUGCUGCCCGAGAUCAUGCUGCCCGUCUGGUUUACCGACAACCUAGACGUCGUGGCCGGCUACAUUCAAAACCAGAGCGAAGACUGCCUCUACCUGAACAUCUAUGUUCCCACGGAGGACGGUCCGCUCACAAAAAAACACGAUGAGUCUUCGAUGAACAGGCCCAGGGAUGAAGACAUCCGUGACCGCAGGAAGAAGCCGGUCAUGCUGUUCAUCCACGGCGGCUCCUACAUGGAGGGGACCGGGAACAUGUUCGACGGCAGCGUCCUGGCUGCCUAUGGCAACGUCAUUGUGGUCACCAUGAACUACCGUCUCGGCGUGCUGGGCUUCCUGAGCACAGGGGAUCAGUCGGCCAAGGGCAACUAUGGGCUUCUGGACCAGAUUCAGGCGCUGCGAUGGCUGAAUGAGAACAUUGGCCAUUUCGGUGGCGACCCUGAAAGAAUCACGAUCUUCGGCUCUGGUGCCGGAGCGUCCUGUGUCAACCUUCUCAUCCUGUCCCAUCACUCUGAAGGGUUAUUCCAGCGGGCUAUCGCCCAGAGUGGCUCGGCCAUCUCCAGCUGGUCGGUGAAUUACCAGCCCCUCAAGUACACCAAGAUUCUGGCACGUAAGGUGGGCUGCAGCUUCGGCGAGACGGGCGACGUGGUCGAGUGCCUCCGUCGAAAGAACUUCCGGGAACUGGUGGACCAGGACAUUCAACCAGCCCGCUACCACAUUGCCUUCGGACCCGUGGUGGAUGGUGACGUGGUGCCCGACGACCCAGAGAUACUCAUGCAGCAGGGGGAGUUCUUGAACUAUGACAUCCUGAUCGGCGUAAAUCAGGGAGAAGGGCUCAAGUUUGUGGAUGAUGGGGGAUCUGAAAGUGAGGAUGGUAUCUCUGCAGCUGCCUUUGACUACACCAUCUCCAAUUUUGUGGACAACCUGUAUGGGUAUCCUGAAGGCAAGGACAUCCUGCGGGAAACCAUUAAGUUCAUGUACACAGACUGGGCGGACCGCGACAACGGCGAGAUGCGCCGCAAGACCCUGCUGGCGCUAUUCACUGACCACCAGUGGGUGGCGCCAGCGGUAGCGACAGCCAAGCUGCACGCCGAGUUCCAGUCGCCCGUUUACUUCUACACCUUCUACCACCACUGCCAGACAGAGACUCGGCCCGAGUGGGCAGACGCGGCGCACGGAGAUGAGAUCCCCUACGUGUUUGGCAUCCCCAUGGUCGGCGCGACUGACCUGUUCCCCUGCAACUUUUCGAAAAAUGACAUCAUGCUGAGCGCCGUGGUCAUGACCUACUGGACAAACUUCGCCAAGACGGGAGAUCCGAACCUGCCGGUACCACAGGACACCAAGUUCAUCCACACCAAGCCCAACCGCUUCGAGGAGGUCAUCUGGACCAAGUUCAAUUCCAAGGACAAGCAGUACCUGCACAUCGGCCUGAAGCCACGGGUGCGGGACAACUACCGUGCCAACAAGGUGGCCUUCUGGCUGGAACUGGUCCCCCACCUUCACAGCCUUCAUGAAAUAUACGUGAGCUCCACCACGACCCGCCUGCCCCCCGGGACCCCGCGAGUGGGGGGGAAGGGCUUGGGACCACGGACCACCCGCCACCCGAUUCCCACCUUCCCUUCAGAUCCUGAAAUCGAAGGCUCGGAGCGACCGCGCUUUCCGCCGUUCCCUGGCGACUCACGGGACUACUCCACAGAGCUGAGCGUGACCGUGGCCGUAGGCGCCUCUCUCCUCUUCCUCAACAUCUUGGCCUUCGCCGCGCUCUACUACAAGCGAGACAAGCGGCAUGAGAUGCGGCGUCGGCUUUCCCCGCAGCGUGGGCCAGCCAACGACCUUGCGCACAGUCAGGAGGAGGAGAUCAUGUCGCUGCAGAUGAAGCACUCGGAGCACGACGCCCACCACGACAUGGAGCCGCUGCGGCCCCACGAGAUUCUGCGGCCGGCCUGCCCCCCUGACUACACCCUGGCGCUGCGCCGGGCGCCAGACGACGUGCCGCUCAUGACCCCAAACACCAUCACCAUGAUCCCCAGCACCGUUGCCGCCAUGCAACCCCUCCACGCCUUCAACACCUACCCUGCCCCUGUGGGGCACAACAAUACCCUGCCGCACCCCCACUCAACUACCCGCGUAUAGUAGAGUGUCGAGGAGGAGAACUCAAGACGAUGGCGCCGCCGCAAACACCAGCCCCUGCUGGUGCUCUGUGGAGACACACGACAGAACUGCUGAUGUUUGCUUUUCUCUCAGAGGAGUCUUCUUCUCCUCCGCCCACCCCGUCCCACAAACCCCCUUUCUUUCCCCUUUUCUUUUCCAGUGACUUUUCUGGGGUUUUCUCUCUUUUUGUGUCUUUGGCGAGGGCCAAGUCCCCGAGGAUCGGACAGCACUGCUGCAAGCGUGUCUUAGCUGCGUUUUAAAAAGGAAGGAGUUUCAGCUUGUCGACUUUCUUUUAAUGGGAAACACACCCCAUCCACUGCCAUCGGUUCUCAUCCCUGUGCUUCUUCUUCCCUGGUUUCAUAGUCCCCUCUCUUCUGCUCUCAUGCUGUACAUCUCUGGGAACUUUUUCUCAACGUUUCUUUUUUAAUCUUUUACUCUUUGUCUAUCAAUGUCUGUCAUGUUGGUCCUGCUUCCCUCCGCCAGUGCGACAGUCACCCAUUUAACUUCUUGGUUUUCCAGUAUCAGCAUCUUCCAUAUCUUCAUGUUUAUGGUUCUUUGGAGUUUUUUUGUAAGGAGUCUAUAUAUUCAUGAGCGGUAACAUGAAAAUGUUGAUAUUCUGAUAUCUUCUUUCUACCAGCAUUCUUGGUGCCAAGUACUGUGGUUCCCUCCCAGACAGAGCACGCAAAGAGAUGGAGACAGACGUUCUGACUGCAUGGAAUGAGGAGCAAUCAAAAGUGCCAAACUACUGCCUCCUACUGGUUACUUUCUUACCUGCAUUGG